UCCUACUUUUUGGGCUUUAAACACCCAUCCUGGGGGAGGGGGUGGACCACGGAGCCAAGCCACCUUAUGCCAUCCAGAAGCCGGGGCGCCCUGCGGGUCCCGAGGACACCCAACAUGCAUUUCUCCUUCAGCGAAGAGGACAUCAAGAAGCACCGGCUCCUGAAAUCUGUGAGCUUCGAUGUGGAAAAUGGACCUUCUCCCGGUCGCAGCCCCAUCGAUUCGCAGGCGAGUCCGGGGCUGGUGCUGCACCCGAGCUUCCCGCAGAGCCAGCGGAGAGAGUCCUUCCUGUACCGGUCGGACAGCGACUACGAUAUGUCCCCCAAGACCAUGUCCCGGAACUCGUCCAUCACCAGCGAGGUACACACCGAGGACCUCAUAGUUACACCUUUUGCUCAGGUGCUGGCCAGCCUGCGCAGCGUCCGAAACAACUUCACCAUCCUCGCCAACGUGACGUCCCCGACCAACAAGCGCUCCCCCGUAAUGCCUCAGCAGACCGUUUGUAAAGCAACCCUCUCAGAGGAAACUUAUCAGCAGUUAGCCAAAGAGACCUUGGAGGAGCUAGACUGGUGUCUGGACCAGCUGGAGGCGAUCCAGACCUAUCGCUCUGUCAGCGAGAUGGCGUCCAACAAGUUCAAAAGAAUGCUGAACCGUGAGCUCUCCCACCUGUCUGAAAUGAGCCGAUCAGGGAACCAGGUCUCAGAAUACAUCUCCAACACCUUUCUUGAUAAACAGAACGAUGUGGAAAUCCCGUCCCCGACGCAGAAGGAAAGAGAGAAGAAGAAGAAGCAGGAGCCGAUGUGCCAAAUAAGCGGAGUUAAGAAGCUCAUGCACAGCUCCAGUUUAACCAACUCCACCGUCCCUCGCUUUGGAGUGAAGACAGAUCAAGAAGAGCCUCUUGGCCAGGAAUUGGAUAAUUUAAACAAGUGGGGCCUUAAUAUAUUCCGGGUGGCGGAGUAUUCCAAUAACCGGCCUCUUAGCUGUAUAAUGUACACCAUAUUUCAGGAGAGAGAGUUACUGAAAACGUUCAAGAUACCGGUGGACACGUUGAUCACGUACAUCAUGACUCUGGAAGACCACUACCACGCGGACGUGGCGUACCACAACAGCUUGCACGCGGCCGACGUCAUGCAGUCCACGCACGUCCUCCUGUCCACGCCAGCGCUAGAUGCGGUGUUUACGGAUCUGGAGAUCCUGGCUGCUUUAUUUGCAGCUGCCAUCCAUGACGUAGACCAUCCCGGCGUUUCUAAUCAGUUUCUUAUUAAUACAAAUUCGGAGCUGGCUUUGAUGUACAACGACGAGUCGGUUUUGGAGAAUCACCAUCUGGCUGUGGGUUUUAAGCUGCUGCAGGAAGAGAAUUGUGACAUCUUCCAGAACCUGACCAAACGGCAGCGACAAUCAAUGAGGAAGAUGGUGAUCGACAUGGUCCUGGCGACAGAUAUGUCCAAACACAUGAGUUUGCUCGCUGACCUGAAGACCAUGGUGGAGACCAAAAAAGUAACGAGUUCUGGUGUGUUGCUGCUAGAUAACUACACGGACCGGAUACAGGUCCUCCGUAACAUGGUACACUGUGCUGACUUGAGCAACCCAACCAAGCCUCUGGAGCUUUACCGCCAGUGGACCGACCGCAUUCUGGAGGAGUUCUUCAGGCAGGGGGACAAGGAACGAGAGCGAGGGAUGGAGAUCAGCCCCAUGUGUGACAAGCACACCGCCUCCGUGGAGAAAUCCCAGGUGGGCUUUAUCGACUACAUUGUGCACCCUCUGUGGGAGACCUGGUCCGAUCUGGUACACCCGGAUGCUCAGGAUAUUCUAGACACGUUGGAGGACAACAGGGAUUGGUACCAAGGCAUGAUUCCACAGAGCCCCUCUCCGCCACCGGACGACCCCGACAAAGAUGAGGAGGCUUGCAUUGAAAAGUUUCAGUUUGAACUCACCCUGGAGGAGGAGGCGGAAGAUUCCGACAAAGACCGGAACAGCGGGAUCGAGGACGAGGAGUGCGGCAGCCCCCUGGAAGCCGCCGACAUCCAAAACCCCGAGAUCCACGAAGACGGAGCGGACGACGCAAUGCAGGAAGGACAAACGGAACAGACUGAGCUCUCAGACAUCACAACUCCUGUGGAUUCGUGAACUUUGCUGGAAAAAUAAAAGAUAAAAAAAACUUAGAAA